AUGUCACCAAUACCAAAUAUUAUCGGGAUUACAGGGCAUAUCAAAGAUGUCGCUGAUAUGACACAAGUUGAGCUCACAGUUAUGGAAACGAUCAUAUAUGGCUUCUUCGCACCAUUAGGAAUCAUAUGUAUGAUUUUUAUCAUUACCACGUGGACUGCGAUACUUAUGGCCUCCAUCCAUGAAGCAAUACAGGAUUGGACAUAUGGCUGGUUGGCAGUAAGCGAGAAGAGACCGACGUCGAAACCGACUAGCAUAUAUCUCGUUCUAGAUGAUGAGGCAGCGAGAAGCCCACUUUUGGAUGUCAAAAAAUGGUCGGAAGAUGAGAGAGGGGGAGAGGACUUCUCCAGCAGCGAUGGAUUACCGAAUUACGGAACGAUAUCACAGGUGCCGAGACAUGAGACUGAUGAUGUUUGGGAAAGUACAGCAGCGUCUAAAGAGAUGACAAAGGUGUCGUCAAAUCCUUAUCAAAUAUAG